AUCAAAUGCUUUAAGUGAUUUCUAAUCCAAAUCCAAAUCAUAAUAGUCCUUAGGUGAGAUUUAGGUGAAGUUAAAGACUCUUCUCUUCUUCUUGAGUUGAAAGAAGCAACCACCACCAAUCCAGUUUCUAACUCAAAUACACAAGCAACAGGUUCUGUUUCUUAAAUACAUUUCUCAACUGUAGUUGGUGAUCAUUUUUGCAUCUAGCUGAUUGCCAAAAUGGUGAUUCCUCAUAAAUCUUCUGCAUAACUAGGGACUAACUAGUCAACCAGUUCUCUGUUGGGAAUAACCUUUUUUCUUUACGAUAAGAUUGACUACUUGCUAUUCCAAUUUCCUUUUCCGGCUGAGUAAAUAAUUAUUUCAAGAUGCAAAUGUCUCAGCAAAGGCCAAAUUCAUCUGGUCUCGGUUUCUAUCACCAACCUGCUCAGGGCAUUUACCUACAAACCAAUCUAUGUGGUGAUAGAGAUGGUAGCAGCAGCCAGGGAACUGAUCUUUCUUUCGAAACCUACAAGCCGCAACGCUUCACCCUGGAAUCAUACCCAGAAAUCACCGGUUUCAUUGACUGUGAUUCUCCUUCCUAUGCCAGUGUAUCCUCUAACAGGACUCCAUUUUCUCCACAAGAGUCUCAAUCAUGCCAUUCAGAUCACCACCAAUCACCUGACAACACCUAUGGAUCCCCGAUAAGUGGUAUGUCCAGUGUUGACGAUGGGAAUGAUUUGAAGCACAAACUUAGAGAAAUAGAGAAUUCAUUGUUGGGGCCUGAGGAUUUUGAUAUUGUUGACAGUUACGGCAGCUGCAUGGAGACUAACCUCCACGGAGCAUCUCCAUCAGCUAAAUAUAAUUGGGAUCUGAUUGCUGAAAACAUUCCAAAGCUUGACAUGAAAGAAGUCCUCUUGCUAUGUGCACAAGCUGUCUCUGAUGGUGAUAUUCCAACAGCAAGAGGCUGGAUGGACAAUGUAUUGGUGAAGAUGGUAUCGGUUGCUGGCGAUCCAAUCCAGAGGUUAAGUGCUUACUUGUUGGAAGGGCUUAGAGCAAGAUUAGAAUUGUCUGGAAGCUUGAUCUACAAGUCGUUGAAAUGUGAACAACCAACGAGCAAAGAGCUAAUGACUUACAUGCACAUGCUGUAUCAGAUUUGUCCAUAUUUUAAGUUUGCAUACAUAUCUGCAAAUGCUGUUAUUUCUGAAGCAAUGGCAAAUGAAUCCAGGAUUCAUAUAAUUGAUUUCCAAAUCGCACAGGGAACACAAUGGCAAAUGCUUAUUGAAGCGCUCGCACGUAGGCCCGGUGGACCACCUUUUAUUCGAAUAACAGGGGUCGAUGAUUCACAAUCAUUUCAUGCGCGCGGUGGAGGACUUCAGAUUGUAGGAGAACAACUUUCAAACUUUGCCAGGUCUCGUGGAGUUCUGUUUGAGUUCCACAGCGCUGCAAUGUCCGGUUGCGAAGUUCAACGUGAAAAUCUUAGAGUUAGUCCUGGAGAAGCCCUCGCCGUAAAUUUUCCCUUUAGUUUGCACCAUAUGCCGGAUGAAAGUGUAAGCAUAGAGAAUCAUAGAGACAGAUUGUUGAGAUUGGUUAAGAGUUUGUCGCCAAAGGUUGUUACCCUUGUUGAGCAAGAAUCCAACACAAAUACUUCUCCUUUCUUUCAAAGGUUUGUGGAGACAAUGGAUUUUUACACAGCUAUGUUUGAAUCAAUAGAUGUUGCUUGCACCAAAGACGAUAAGAAGCGGAUUAGUGUGGAGCAGAACUGUGUGGCACGGGACAUUGUCAACAUGAUAGCCUGUGAGGGGAUUGAGAGGGUGGAGAGGCAUGAAGUUUUUGGGAAGUGGAGGUCGAGAUUUUCCAUGGCAGGAUUUAGACAAUGCCAAUUGAGUUCUUCAGUGAUGCAUUCUGUCCAAAAUAUGUUGAAGGACUUCCAUCAAAAUUAUUGGCUUGAACAUAGAGAUGGUGCUCUCUAUCUUGGUUGGAUGAAAAGAGCUAUGGCCACUUCUUCUGCUUGGAUGUGUUAGGUGUAACUGACCUUUAUUUUUCGUUACCUGUUUUACUAGUACCUUAGUAUUAGCAUAAUGUAUGGUAUCCAAAGUUUUUCCAUAUAUAAACUUUGAGAUUUAGCUCUAUUUCCAACAUGUUCCUUUUAGCAGGUUAUUAUGUAGUCUGCAGAAUCUCAACUUUUUGUAAAUGUCAAUUCUGAAAUGAAGGAAAAUGUGAGAUUUACUUAUUUAACUGA